AUGUUGAUCCGGGGCGCUAGUCGGACGCUGUUGAGCACAACUGGUGUAGACGGUUAGUAGCAGGUUUGGUGGGUCACCACUUUUGUAGAAUAUUUCCCAAAUAACAAUUUAUUAGAAAUACAAUACAAAAUAAUAGGAAUACAAAAUAAAACAUAACCUUAACUCCCGUUAUGUGAUUUAUAUAAAGUUUAACUAAUACGAAUUUAUCCUAAAUAUAUCAACGAUUAUUCUACUGUAAUUUGCAGCUUUUUUUGCAGCAUUUGCAAACGUUUUGUACGUUUGCAUCUCAAAUAUACUUAGUAUUUGACAGAACCCUCCCAAAAAUUCCCACCUCAACAUUAUUUCCAAUUUCAAUUUCCAGCCAAAAAUCCCAUCUCGGUGCUCAUGGAAAUCUGCUCAAAACGUCGUUGGCCAGCGCCGCAAUUCAAUUGCGAAGAGUUCGGCCGCGACGCGAAUCGUCAAUUCAUUUGGACCGUCGUCGUCAACAACGCCUUCUUCCGUCCGAUGGGCGGCUCGAAAUCGAAAAAAGAGGGAAAAGCGGUGGUGGCUCAGGUGGCUCUUCAAUCAAUGGGUUUUGUGCCAAGAGAUCCGGAUUUACCUGUUUGUAUGUAA